AUGGAGGACUCGGACUCGGCGGCAAAGCAGCUGGGCCUGGCUGAGGCGGCGGCGGUGGCGGCCGCGGCCGCUGUGGCGGCGGCGGCCGCGGCCGCGGCAGGAGGCGAGGCGGAGGAGCCGGUGCUGAGCAGGGACGAGGACUCGGAGGAGGACGCAGACUCGGAGGCGGAGCGGGAGACGCCGCGGGUCACGGCAGUGGCGGUGAUGGCGGCGGAGCCCGGGCACAUGGACAUGGGCGCCGAGGCCCUGCCCGGCCCCGACGAGGCCGCCGCUGCCGCAGCCUUCGCAGAGGUGACCACAGUGACAGUGGCCAACGUGGGGGCUGCUGCAGACAAUGUCUUCACCACGUCCGUGGCGAACGCAGCGUCCAUCUCAGGACAUGUUCUGUCUGGUAGGACGGCCCUUCAGAUCGGGGACAGUCUGAACACCGAAAAAGCCACACUGAUUGUCGUCCACACGGAUGGGAGCAUCGUGGAGACCACCGGGCUGAAGGGCCCGGCAGCUCCCCUCACCCCAGGUCCUCAGUCUCCUCCAACCCCUCUGGCUCCCGGCCAAGAAAAAGGUGGAACUAAAUACAACUGGGACCCUUCUGUGUACGACAGUGAGCUGCCCGUACGGUGCCGGAACAUCAGCGGUACUCUGUACAAGAACAGGCUCGGCUCAGGCGGCCGGGGACGGUGCAUCAAGCAGGGGGAGAACUGGUACAGUCCCACCGAGUUUGAGGCCAUGGCAGGAAGAGCCAGCAGUAAGGACUGGAAAAGAAGCAUACGCUACGCGGGCCGACCCUUGCAGUGCCUCAUCCAGGAUGGGAUCUUAAACCCUCACGCUGCCUCUUGCACCUGUGCUGCCUGCUGCGACGACAUGACCUUAAGUGGUCCAGUCAGGCUUUUUGUGCCUUACAAAAGGCGCAAGAAGGAGAAUGAACUGCCCACAACUCCCGUGAAGAAGGACUCCCCCAAGAACAUCACGUUGCUUCCAGCCACCGCGGCAACCACCUUCACCGUGACCCCCUCGGGACAGAUCACGACCUCAGGGGCACUGACCUUUGACCGAGCAUCCACGGUAGAGGCCACUGCUGUCAUAUCAGAGAGUCCGGCCCAGGGCGACGUCUUCGCAGGAGCCACAGUCCAAGAGGCCAGCGUGCAGCCCCCAUGCAGGGCCAGCCACCCUGAGCCUCACUACCCCGGCUAUCAGGACAGCUGCCAGAUCGCACCGUUUCCAGAAGCUGCGUUGCCAACAUCACAUCCCAAAAUAGUGUUGACAUCCCUGCCUGCGCUGGCGGUCCCACCCCCAACUCCCACCAAAGCGGCACCUCCCGCGUUGGUCAAUGGGCUGGAGCUGUCAGAGCCGCGGAGCUGGCUGUACCUGGAAGAGAUGGUCAACUCCUUGCUCAACACCGCGCAGCAGCUGAAGACGCUGUUUGAGCAAGCCAAGCAUGCCAGCACCUACCGAGAAGCUGCCGCAAACCAGGCCAAGAUCCACGCUGACGCAGAGCGGAAGGAGCAGUCCUGCGUUAACUGCGGCCGGGAGGCUAUGAGCGAGUGCACAGGCUGCCACAAGGUCAACUACUGCUCCACCUUCUGCCAGCGCAAGGUAGGUCUCACCUGCACCACGCUCAGGCUGCUGGUCAGUGCUUCCCAGCCCUCCACACCCCUGCACAGCCACGCAACAGAGACUAUCCACGGUUCCUCUAUUAUUCAGCCCUCCACACCCCUGCAGAGCCACGUGAGAGAGACUGUCCACAGUUUCUGUUUCCAUUAUUCAGCCCUCCACACCCCUGCAGAGGCACGUGAGAGACUGUCCACAGUUCCUCUGUUUCUAUUAUUCAGCCCUCCACACCCCUGCAGAGCCACGCGAGACUGUCCACAGUUCCUCUUUUGUUCAGCCCUCCACACCCCUGCAGAGCCACGCGAGACUGUCCACAGUUCCUCUGUUGUUCAGCCCUCCACACCCCUGCAGAGCCACGCGAGACUGUCUACAGUUCCUCUAUGAUUCAGCCCUCCACACCCCUGCAGAGCCACGCGAGACUGUCCACAGUUCCUCUGUGAUUCAGCCCUUCACACCCCUGCAGAGCCACGCGAGACUGUCCACAGUUCCUCUAUUGUUCAGCCCUCCACACCCCUGCAGAGCCACGCGAGACUGUCCACAGUUCCUCUAUGGUUCAGCCCUUCACACCCCUGCAGAGCCACGCGAGACUGUCCACAGUUCCUCUAUGGUUCAGCCCUUCACACCCCUGCAGAGCCACGCGAGACUGUCCACAGUUCCUCUAUGAUUCAGCCCUCCGCUCCACAGAAAUUCAAGAGAAAUUUUGUAGGCUACAAACGGUAGUUCAGGAUUGUAUAACUUUUUCUACCAUAAUCAGAGUACUUGGGAGCAUUUAGUCACUCUUUUUUUUUUUUUUUUUGAGACAGUCUCAUUUUGUUGCCCAGGCUGGAGUGCAGUGGUGCGAUCUCGGCUCACUGCAACCUCUGCCGCCCGGGUUCAAGCGAUUCUCCUGCCUCAGCCUCCUGAGUAGCUGGGAUUACAGGCAUGCGCCACCACGACCGGCUAAUUUUUGUAUUUUUAGUAGAGACGGGGUCUCACCAUGUUGGCCCAGCUGGUGUCAAACUCCUGACCUCAGGUGAUCCGCCCACCUUGGCCUCCCAAAGUGCUGGGAUUUAGAGGCGUGAGCUACUGUUCCCAGCAGCUUUACUAAUCUUUUUGAUGGUUUUUUUUUCUCAUAUUUAUGAGAGAUGCUGGUCUGUAUUUUGUCCUGUGAUGUCUUUGUUUCAUUUUUGAGUCAGGGCAACACUGGCCUUUCAAAUCAAUUGGGAAAUGUGCCCUUCUGCCCUCCUUCUCUAUUUUCUUUUUGAGACAGUUUUGUUCUGUAGCCCAGGCUGGAGUGCAGUGGCACGAUCUCGGCUCACUGAAACCUCUGCCUCCCGGGUUCAAGUGAUUCUCCUACCUCAGCCUCCCGAGUAGCUGGGAUUACAGGCAUGCACCUCCACCCCCGGGUAAUUUUUAUGUUUUUAGUAGAGACAGGGUUUCACCAUGUUGCCCAGGCUUGUCUCAAACUUCCGGCCUCAAGUGAUCUGCCUGCCUCGGCCUCCCAAAUUGCUGGGAUUACAAGUGUGAGCCACGGCACCCGGCCUGUGUUUCAUCUUUAUUCAGUUCGAAUAUUUUAUGCAGUUGAAAAUAUUUGCCGUGUGAUUUUUUUCUGUGACCUAUGAGUUAUUUGGAAGUGUGUGCUGGAUUCAGGAGUAGAUCUAAAAAAGAAGUAGAAGUAUGCUAAUUUCAAAUAUUUCUGGAUUUCUUAAAUGUACCUUUAUAAUUAAUUUCUACUUUAAUUACAUUGUAGUUCAAGAACAUACUUGGUAUUUUUCAGUACCUUUAAAUUUACUGAGAUUUGUGUUAGGGCCUAGCGUAUGGUCUUAUCAUGGAGAGUGUUGCUUGUAUAUUCUGCUCUGUUGGGUGGAGUAUUAGAUAGAUAUCAGUUAGGUUGGUUGAUAGUAUUGUUCAACUCUUUCAUAUUCUCGCUGAUUUUCUCUACUUGUUUUACCCCUUAUUUAGAGUGAAGUGUUGAACUCUCCAGCUAUUACUGUUGAAUUAUCUGGUUUUGGUUUUUGGUUUUUUUUGAGAUGGAGUCUCACUCUGUCGCCCAGGCUGGAGUGCAGUGGCGCCAUCUUGGCUCACUGCAAGCUCCGCCUCCCGGGUUCACACCAUUCUCCUGCCUCAGACUCCCGAGUAGCUGGGACUACAGGUACCCGCCACCACACCCGGCUAAUUUUUUGUAUUUUUAGUAGAGACAGGGUUUCACUGUGUUAGCCAGGAUGGUCUCGAUCUCCUGACCUUGUGAUCUGCCCUCCUCAGUCUCCUUUCAAAAUGCUGGGAUUACAGGUGUGAGCCACCACGCCUGGCCGAAUUAUCUGUUUUUAUCUGCAAUUAUGCCUGUUUUU